ACUGACUUUGUCGUUCACACAGGAGAGAGACGUGACUAUCGUGGAUCCUCUGGGGAGCCUCAACAACAUCAUGAUGCUGAAGAGGCAGAGAAGAGUCUCUCCACAUCAGAACUCCUCAAGAAACACCAGCAGAGACCCACAGGGAAGAAUCCUCAUUGCUGCUCUCACUGUGGGAAGUGUUGCAAAUCUUUAUCAGAACUUAAAAUACACCAGAGAACACACACUGGAGAGAAACCUUAUAGCUGUGAUCAAUGUGGGAGGAGUUUUACUAUAUCAAGCCAUCUGACUUCACACCAGAGAACACACACAGGAGAGAAACCUUAUAGCUGUGAUCAAUGUGGGAAGUGUUUUACUAUAUCAAGCCAUCUGACUUCACACCAGAGAACACACACAGGAGAGAAACCUUAUAGCUGUGAUCAAUGUGGGAUGAGUUUUGCUGCAUCAAGCAAUCUGACUUCACACCAGAGAACACACACAGGAAAGAAACCUUAUAGCUGUGAUCAAUGUGGGAUGAGUUUUGCUGCAUCAAGCAAUCUGACAAGACACCAGAGAAUACACACAGGAGAGAAACCUUAUAGCUGUGAUCAAUGUGGGAAGUGUUUUACUAUAUUGAGCUCUCUGACUUCACACCAGAGAACACACACAGGAGAGAAACCUUAUAGCUGUGAUCAAUGUGGGAAGUGUUUUACUAUAUUGAGCUCUCUGACUUCACACCAGAGAAUACACACAGGAGAGAAACCUUAUAGCUGUGAUCAAUGUGGGAAGUGUUUUACUAUAUCAAGCUCUCUGACUUCACACCAGAGAACACACACAGGAGAGAAACCUUAUAGCUGUGAUCAAUGUGGGAAGUGUUUUACUAUAUCAAGCCAUCUGACUUCACACCAGAGAACACACACAGGAGAGAAACCUUAUAUCUGUGAUCAAUGUGACAAGAGAUACUCUGAUAAAAGAUCUCUGAUUAAACAUCAGAAAAUACAUGAAGGAGUUGUUUCAUGAUAUCAAUUGUAGUAGGAGUGUUUUAAUGAUGUCACAAUGUAGAAUGUUUUAACAUUGUAGUAGGAGUGUUUUAAUGAUGUCACAAUGUAGAAUGUUUUAACAUUGUAGUAGGAGUAUUUGAAUGAUGUCACAAUGUAGAAUGUUUUAACAUUGUAGUCGGAGUAUUUUAAUGAUGUCACAAUGUAGAAUGCUUUAACAUUGUAGUAGGAUUAUUUGAAUGAUGUUACAAUGUAGAAUGUCUUAACAUUGUAGCAGCACUUCAACAUUCAAAAUGUAGCCAGCGGUUUUCUACAAGUUGAAAAAGCUGCUUGUUUAAAAAAAUACAUGUAAUUGAUCAUUGUUGCAGAUGUUUGUGUAUAAACACACAUGAAAGCAGUACAAUAAAAUGGACUAUAAUCAAUUUUUAUUAACAAUCUGACAUCA